CGCAGGGUUUAUGACGGUAUCGAGAUUAACAAGGACGUGAUAUGUUGGAAUGCGAUCAUCACAGGCUACGGGAUUCACGGGCUUGGUAGGGAAGCUCUAUUGCUUUUCUUCGAGAUGAAAGACGCGAUAGAGCCCGACGAUGCAACGUUUGCCGCCCUCUUAUCUGCGUUGAGCCAUUCGGGCUUGGUGGACGAAGGACGGUUUUGGUUUGACACCAUGGUCGAGAAGUACAAGAUUCGACCCACCGAGAAACACUAUGCGUGUGUGGUUGAUCUAUUAGCCCGGGCGGGACUAGUCGAGGAAGCAAGAGACGUGAUCGAGGGCAUGGAAAUUGAACCCACGGUCGCUAUAUGGGUUGCACUCUUAUCCGGGUGCCUCAACCACAAGAAAUUCUCGAUCGGGGAAACCGCGGCAAAUAAGAUCCUCGGGUUGAAACCAAACAGUCUCGGGAUCUACGUGCUCGUCUCGAACUUCUUCGCUGCCGCGAAGAAGUGGGAGAACGUGGCUCAAGUGAGGAAGACGAUGAAAGCCACAGGCAUGAGGAAAACCCCCGGGCACAGCGUCGUGGAAGCGAACGGCAGACUCCACGCUUUUCUAACCGAAGACGGGUCCCACCCUCAGCGCGAGGAGAUAGCGUGGACGCUAAGGAAGCUGGAGGACGAAAUGGCGUCUUUGGGCGAGAGGCUCGCCAUCGCCUUCGCGCUCCUAAACACCGCCCCGGGAUCGAAAGUGAUGGUCGCCAAGAACUUGAGGGUGUGCGGGGAUUGUCACGAAGCAACCAAGUUCAUCUCCAUGAUUGUGAAAAGGGAGAUAAUUGUGCGUGAUGUGAAGAGGUUUCAUCACUUCAAAGAUGGAGUUUGCUCUUGUGGUGAUUACUGGUGAGCUAUGGAAAGGGUGUAUACACCCUCAUUUGAUUGGACUUUUAAAAGUCUCUUAAGACCUAGUCUCAAAAAAGAUUAUUUUUUUUUAGUGUAUCCCAAAAAACACUUCUACCCACAUCUAAAAUGCCCAAAAAUCACCACAUUUACCCUUUAUUGUGCGUAGAAGUCGUUUUGAAAGUUUUUUGACGUUUGAGACGAUAUAGAACUGUUUUACGGGAUGUGCAAAAAAUGAAACGUAACCUUUUUU